CGGGGUGGCAGGGAGGCAACUCUGGUGAAAUUUCCCAAGAUCCAGUGUCAGAGCCAGGGGACCCAGUGAACGAAUUCAACGCAAACCACUCCCAGAAACAGCGCUAUAAAUUAAAUGAUACUUGAUUGAAUAAGUCACACAUUUGAAGACUGAGAGACCUGAGGAUUUGAGCCUUCAAAAUGUCAAGUCCACAAGAUAUACCUGAGACUCAAGCACGGAAUAAUGCUCAGAUCUCAAAUUCACCAAGUGCACAUGGCUUUUUGCUUCCAAGUCCUGUUCCAACGAGGAGGACACGGACGAAAUCAAUGUCAGAAAGAGCUGCUGAAGGGCCAACGUACAAAGGCACAGUGAAGAUGUUUUGUCGGCAGAGGGGUCAUGGCUUCCUUCAUCCUGAUGAUGGAGAGAAGGCAGACAUCUUUGUACACAUUUCUGAUAUUGAAGGCGAAUGGGUGCCUAAGGAAGGAGAUCAAGUGACAUACAAGACUGUUCAUAUUCCACCGAAGAUGGAGAAGCUGCAAGCUGUUCAUGUGCAAAUUACACACUUGAAGCCUGGUGUGAAGCAUGAGCGUUGGGAUUCUCCUACACCUGCUUCACCAGAAAAAUAUGGAUCACAGUAAACCAUUUUUGACAUGUUUUGGUUAGUUACUUAUGCAGGGCUGCCUAUUUCUACCGAUUUUUGAUUUGUUCAACUGCCAAACCGAUAAAGGUGCCUUUACUACCCAAUUUACGACAGGCGCCUAGAUUUUUAAAAAGAAUUGAAUCAUUUUCUUUUGUGUGUCCCCAACAGGUGGUGGAUCUUUUUGUUGACCUAUUUUACGCCUCUGUUGGGGUGGCUCUUAACUUUGGUGAACAUUCAGGUCUGAAGUUUACAGUGGAAUUUAAAGUGGUCGAUGACAGGGUGACUGCCAGGCCGCAGGGACCUGGGAUUUGAAUAAGUUGCUGAGUCAGUGGGAACAACCUGAGAAUUCAGAGAAGUCUCUAAUUAUUAAUGCGUAAAAGAAAUUUUUGUUCUUUAAACUUUAAAUUAUACUUGUCCUAUCACGGUUAGUUCAAUUUUGGCCAAUUGUGUUUGCAAUGUCAGGCUGCAUGUCCACAGCACCCAUACAGACCUAACUUUUUAUGGGCCAGAAAAAAUAUGUCCAGAUAAAUGCGGCUAUGCCAUGUCCACAUGUUCCGUACAUUUUUGCUCUUUUCAGAACAGUUACAAACUGUAGCGUGGUCAAAUUACAUCGUGGUGCUAACAAGGAAUUGCAAAAUAUUUUACUACAGUGGUACAGAAAUAAAUCUUUUGGAUCAAGAUGCAGUGACUGGAUUCACCGAAGAAGCAAAGAUUACAGAAUAUAUACACCCAAACGUACACCCAAACACACACUCAUGUUUUUGGCCAAAAUACAUGUCAUUGACUGAGAAUCUACCUGAAAUGGGGAAUUUGAUGUAGGCAGCCCUGUAUGUAUAACAUCAUGUACGCAUUACUCUUGCAUGUUAAUGGAGCAUUGUUGAUGUAAUAUGGGUAUGUUAAAGUGGACUGACUCAUUCGAAAGUAUUGGGGGUUGGGGGGAGGAUGCACAUAAAAUAAUAUGAUAACAAAUAACUUUACAUUUAAAGCUCCAUCCCGUAAGAGGAAAUAAACUCUGAGAACUGUACAUUCAUUACAAGUAUACAGUGCACAAGCACAAAAAAUACAUUUUGUGAAGUGAGAAAAAAUGAUAGUAUUACAAAUGAUCAUUAUAAUAUAUGUCUUUUAAAAAAAAGUGUUUUCAAAAACUCAACUUUUUCUAUAUUUCUGUCAGUUUUUGUUGGAGCGUGUUCCAGGUUUUGGGUCCAGCAAACGCAAAAGUCUUUCAACGUGAUAAUAGAGGGUUCAAGAGAAUCUCUCAUCUUAUAACUGGGACCAGGAUUGCCAAACAUUUUUGUAAAUAGAUAUAGGAUAUUUUGAGACUUCUUGCAACAAUUUUUGUCUGCGUAUUUAUAUAUUUAGUUUCCUCUUUGGUUUUGGCAAACAAUUUAGUAGUGAUUACAUUGACUAGGUGGCAUGUGUAAUGGAGCAUGGAAGGCAAGAGAUUUGUCCCAUGAAUGUUGUAGUUUGUAAGAAGGGGUUUCAGUAUUCAAUAAUGUGUCAUGAUUUAAGUCUGCUUGAAGCUUGAGAUCAUACAAUGAUGGCUUUUGCAUUGUUAAAAAAAAA